CGAUUAUCGUGAGUGCGCGCUGCUGCUGCUGCUCUGCGUCGCGCAUUUCUUUUUUCGUUACCCCUGAUGGGAGAGACGAGCGUCGCUGUCGCAAGCAUGGCAACAGAGGAAGCGUGUGACGAAACGUCGGCUAUCAUGCCAGAAUUUGUGGUGAGACGACCAGUAUACCAGCAAGAUGAUUUACAUCGAUUGAGUCAGUAUUCGAACCCACAAAAACCACUUAGUAAGACUAUUUCAAACACAAUAAAAAAGAUAAAGCCGGAGUCGUGUAUGAAAAGUAUAAUUCCUAUACUGAACUGGCUACCGCGAUAUCGUUGGAAAAAUGAUAUCUUCGGAGAUAUUGUGGCUGGGAUUACAGUUGCAGUUAUGCACAUACCUCAAGGUAUGGCAUACGCCAUACUAGGAAAUGUCAAACCUAUUGUUGGAAUUUAUAUGGCUAUUUUCCCCGUGCUUAUUUAUUUAAUAUUUGGUACAUCGAGGCAUAAUUCUAUGGGAACCUUUGCUGUUAUUUGUAUGAUGACUGGAAAAAUUGUCUUAGCACAUACUUCACCCACAAUAGAAGGAGUAAGUAAUUCAACGAUUUCUCCUUCCACCCCUAGCGUUCAUGUAGAUCCUAAUAUACCACAACCGCACUUUACACCGGAGGAAGUUGCCACAGCGGUCGCUUUUAUGGUUGCUAUAAUGCAACUAGCUAUGUAUUUUCUUCGACUGGGUAUCAUAUCAUCACUAUUGUCAGAGACUUUAGUCAGUGGAUUUACAACUGCAGCAGCAGUUCAUGUACUUACUUCUCAAAUCAAAGAUUUGUUUGGCUUAAAACUAGCUAAGCGGAAAGGAAUCUUUAAAGUUUUGUUGACUUACUACGACAUAUUCAAGAAUAUAGACAGUGUAAAUACGACUGCUAUGGUAAUUUCAGCGAUAACAGUAAUUCUGAUCUUAUUCAAUAAUGAAAUCUUAAAGCCACGAUUGGCUAAGCGCUGCGCGUUUCCUGUUCCGAUAGAAAUGAUUGUAGUCGUUCUAGGUACACUCGUGUCAAUGUAUGCACAUCUAGAGACUGGUUACAAUGUCAGCACUGUAGGACACAUCGAUGUCGGGUUUCCCGAGCCAAAACUUCCUCCCAUGGAGUUAAUGCCAAAUAUUAUUCUAGAUAGUUUUGUGAUAACAAUGGUCACGUACACGAUUUCUAUGUCUAUGGCAUUUAUAUUCGCGCAGAAAUUAAACUACAAAGUUGAUCCCAACCAAGAACUGUUUGCACAGGGCCUCGGAAAUCUGACCGGUUCGUUCUUUUCGUGCAUGCCAUUUUGCGCUUCGCUUUCCAGAUCGUUGAUCCAGCAAACUGUGGGCGGCCGAACGCAACUGGCCAGUCUCAUUUCCAGCGGGCUUUUGCUUCUCGUUCUUUUAUACAUUGGCCCAUUUUUCGAGCCUCUUCCGAGAUGCGUGCUUGCUAGUAUUAUAAUCGUUGCGUUGAAGGGGAUGUUGAUGCAAGUGAAAGACUUUAUUCGAUUUCUAAGACUGUCAAACGUCGACGCGAUGAUUUGGAUGACGAGCUUCCUGACUGUCACCAUUUUCGACAUCGAAUACGGACUGUUGAUCGGAGCCCUCUUGUGCUUGGCAAAUUUGCUGACCCUCUCGAUGCGCCCUUACGUAUGCAGAUUGGCUCUUGUACCCGGCACUGAACUGUAUUUAGAUACUAAACGAUUCAAAGGAACAGUAGAAAUACCAAGUCUCAAAAUCAUCCACUAUUGCGGUGGGUUAAACUUCGCAUCGAGGCAUAGUUUCAAAAAGGAUGUGAUUAAACUUGUCAAUAUUGACUUGAAGAAAGAAUUGAUGGAACGGAAAUGUAAUGUCCAUAUUAAAGAUUAUUCGGUCCAAGGAAUGACGAAGGAAGGAUAUGAAAAUGCAGCUUUCGAAAAAGACAGCAUGCAAGUUCCUGCUUCUGAUAGUAUUAAUCAGUCGAUAAGAGAACAAAAAUUGAAAGUAAUAAUUUUGGACUUUUCUGCUUUGGUGCAUAUCGAUGCAGCUGGAGUGGCCACUGUUCGAUGUAUCGUCGAUGACUUUGCGAAAAUCGAUGUCACGGUCUACAUAACUGGAUGUUCUGGCCCGGUGUACGAGACAAUGCGAAAGUGUAACGCAGCCGAGAGCAAAGAGGGCUACUUCACCAUGUUCCCGACGGUGAAUGACGCCGUGAAUUUUGCCCGUAAUCGUACUAUCGCAGUAUUCACAGUGCCCAACCGACGCAGUCCACGUCUUAAGAUUUUACAAUCUAGCAAAGAAAUACUAAUAAUGGGAUCAAUAAUAGAAUAUUUCGAGAACAUUCCUUUACAUAUGGAUUAUAAUGGUCAAGCCAGAGCAGAAAGGCUAUCAAGAAUUAUCAUCACACUGUUUGGAGUUGUUGGAUUUGUUUGGGGCUACAUAAUUCAACAAUUUUCACAAACUAUGUACAUUCUUGGUGCUGGUUUUGUAUUGGCAGCUAUCAUCACUGUUCCUCCAUGGCCCAUGUACAGACGUAAUCCAUUGGACUGGCAGAAACCACAGACAGAAGCGAAUCAAAAUACUAAAACCAAAAAAAAGAAAUAAUUUAACAUCAAUCUUGAACUAUUUCAAUAAAGAGAAUGUGUAUUAUAAGGGUGGAGUGUUUACGCGAGUGUGGAGUUGUCGUACAGUUUUCCAAUUGAAUGAUAUUUCCAGAGAGAAACUUGCAUUUAUCUUUUAUAUAUUCAAUAGAGAGAAAAAAUUUGACAAAUAUUGUUAUUAGCAGUAUAAUUUGUUAUUGUCACUAUUAAGUACAUCUAUUGUUAGUAAAGUUUCAUUAAUGCACAAAUUAAUUUUGUAUUUUUCAUCAAAAGAUAAAAUGCAUAAAGAAUGAUCGAUGUUCGAUAGCAAAUAAACGUACAUUUAAAUUUUCCAAUUCAGUAGAUAUUUCAUACAAUAAAACAAAAUUUUACAUUAUUACUAGUAACUUGGUUUUAAAUUGAUGACAUAGUAGUGUUUAUGGAAAGGUAAAACGACAUUAGAUACAAUUGUAAUGAAUGUGAAUUAUCAGUAAUCAGAUUGUUUUUAUUAACUGUUUAGCAAUUAUUGGACAUAGUACAACAGCAUUUACAUGCUCGCUUUCUUUCAUUGCGCACGUUGUUCAUUUUAAUUAUUUUCUUACAGAAAGUAUGUGGAUCCGUCUCGCAAACAUUGUAUAUGGCUGUACUUUCACAGCGCCUUUCCCCACGUAUGUAAUUUUUUUCCUCCUUUCAAUCUCGGAAGGUCAUUGCGCAAUGCGAACGUAUGUCUCGUUGAAGACGCUCUUCUUAUUUUUUUCCGCAUGUAAUCGUGAAUACAUAACAGGUUUAUGAGGAUUAAAUAAUGUUUCGGGUACCCAAACAUCCGAAAUUUGAACUGACUUCGUUCCUUGGAAGAAAUUACAAUAUAUUAUAAUGAUUUCUUUUAAAGACACUUUUUACUUUUAUGUAACUAAAGAAUAUUUGGGGUAGAAAAUUGUAAUUAUGGCCAAUAAAAAUUGUGAUUGAACAAAUCGAUCGAAUGCGUAUUUUUCAAUUUUGUUUUUAUUAACAAUCUAUUGUUAUAAAUAUUCAAAAUCUAGCUAUAAAAGGGAUUAAUAGUUCACUGCAACAUGUAGCACUGUUUUACCACAUUGCCUGCCGUAAAUUGUUAAUUAUAUUCACAUAUUUGGAAAACUGAUUUAAAUGAAUUUUAAAUUUACUCUUUUGUAUAAUUAAGAGCCGAACGAAUUGAAAAUUAAAGUAAAUUAGUUAAAAAUAAAAAAUAC